CCGCUUAUCAAGUGCAGGGGCUAAAAAUAGGGUAUCGGAUUUUUGUAGAUCGGAACAACCUGGUUGCGGUUGAAGCUAUUCUUCCGAAAAGAUGGCGACAGGGGCACCAGCUGCCACAACCUCAUCAGAGGAGGCCCCAGCUGCACCUUUUUCAUCUCCGCUCUUACCCGGAGCAGAAGCAGACCCUGGUGCAGCUUUAAUUCCAGAUCUGCAAAUUUCGCUGCAGGAUCUUCCCUACGAGACUUUCGCUGAGGAUUUGGAAGAGCUUCUUCCCGCGUUUUUCUACGAUGACACCCCGGGAAUCGUUGUUUUGGAUGGUGGAGGUGGAGGUGGAGAGGGUAGUAAUCACGCGAGCUGCGCAUCAGGAGCACCACUAGUAGAUGAAACAAGAACAUCUCCGUCGUCUUCUGGUGGAUCCUCAAAGAACUGCAAAUCCGAUCUGCUUCUUGCCAGCAUGCUUCUCCUUCUUCGGCAGCACCGUGAGGAAGUGGAACUUAACCGGCGGAAAGCGAAUCCGGUCGUUGACAGGCCCGAGGAGGUGGGUGUGAUAAAUACCCCCAGCACGACAGUUCCACCAAGAACGCCUAAACUAAGUGCUCGGCAGAACAAAAAUCAGACCACCAAAGGAGAUGCAGCGCUGCCUGCAACAGCAUCAGCAUCGCUGAUAGAGGAACAGGAAAUAAUAAGAGCCAACAUGGAGCACGAGCAGAAGAUGUCCUCCGAAGACCUGCAGAGCCGAAAAGAUGAGGAAUUCUGCCGGCGGCUUCGUGACCAGCUUCCGGCCCUGACGGAUCUUCACGACAGUGGCAGCAGCUGCCCAGGAGAUGUGGAGCAACAACCUCCGCCGCCGCGGCUGAAGCAAUUGCAACUAGAGUACGUGCGGAAGCUGCUGUAUCGGAAGCAACAGCAGACGAAGCUCUCCCUCGGGAUUGAAGCGCAGGAGAACUUGGCGAAGGAUUUGCACUUGCGGAUACACACGAUGAACGCAGAGAGUCGGGUAUCCUAAGCAAAAACGUCCCCACCCCAGAGUCACGUUGGGAAUCUAGCAACACAAGUCUCCAAGUUUUGGGAGCUGUGCAUGACAACUUUCGCUCUGCAGUGUAGUGCUGGUUGGCAAGGGAAGCCGCAUAAGAAAGCCAUUCUCUCAUCCUGUUUACAGCAUUACAAAUGCCAAAACGCGACUGGAAACAAACGCCUCGCAUGGAGCUGCGCAUUACAAACGUUCCUGUCAUUGCGCAUUUGCAUGACAACUCUGGGGUGGGGACGUUUUUACUCAGGAUAUCGGGCGACGACGCAGAAGCUGGUGGAGGUUACCAGAAUGACGGAAAGAAUGAUGAUGGAACAGGAAUGCUGACGAAGCUAGCAGGUGUUGACCUGGAUAUCAAGGACACGAGAACUUGCAACGCAAUAGCGGUACUAGACGUACACACAGGAUCAAGAAUUCACUCACCGGUGCAAAACCGAAACUGCCAGCGCCAUAAAUUGGAAUCGGUACCAUGAUUUACGAGACAAUACAAGAAAUUUCGACAGCGACAACAAUUAAGAGCAGUGUACUGAAAUAAUAGUGAAAAGAAGCAACUCUUGACAAUGAUAAUCAUAAUAAAGUAAACACUUGAAAAU